AUGUUCCUGCCGUGGAUCUCCAAGUGCGAGCUGGUGCCGGUCUCUGCCGACUCCUACGUGCUUAAGAAAUUCUCAGACAAAUGUCAGCGCGGAAUGUGCUCCAUGAUCGUGGGCUACCUCACAGAGGAGAACGUGGACACGCAAUCGGUUCUACCUAGUGGACACCACAUUCGCUGGGCUAUGGAGGUGCUGGGUCACUCAUUUGCGUUGCCCAUGGAGGACUCGGACGUCAUUCAAGGCUCACUGGGAAUUUACCAGCGUUGGCUCGGAGUGGACGACGAAACUCUGACAGCUAAAGGCGGCAAAAGCAAGGAUCACAGACCGCCUUGCAUGCAGAAAGUUGAACAGACCUUUAUUCAGGAUAUGCUGGGCCAGAUGACGCUGCUUUUCGAAGAGCGCCCUAACAACGGCGUCCCCAGUGGAAGCAGCGAGACCAACAUGGCUACACACGUAGCUCUGUGCACCAAAGUUUUAGAGACUUUUGAUGCUCUGAUGAAGCAUCGUGGAGCUCAGCUUUCCAACUCGACGUGGGAUCGCUUGAUCCGCUUGAUUCUCGGUGCGGCGGAUGGAUUGCUGCAUAAUCUACGCAAUCAACUGGGCAACCAGUUAUGUGGACAGCUUGUGAGGAUCCUGUUUAAAGUAUAUUUACGAUCACUGCCACAGUGCGGACCCAGGGGAGAGUUGUGGAGUCUAUUACAGAAGUUUUGUCGGCGGUGGAUUCAUCGCGCGUUGGUUAUCGAGCAGUGGAACGCUGUCACCCUGGGACUUACACGCAGUCUGAUGAAGCAGAUCCACGACCGGAACGCGUCGAAAGAGAUCGAGAUCAUCUGGGCCGACAACCGACAGCCGUCCAAGUUCGAGUUGGAGAGCCCCACGCUUGCCUACGCUUGGUACCGUCUGCUUCGCGUGAUCGGCCACCCUUCUGCCAUUUUUGACCCGGACGUGUAUCUCGCUGCUGUAAAAGGAGUUAGUCGACUUGCUGAUGAACUUGCACGCAUUGAAAAGGUGCCACGCGUGCAGUGGGAGCACGUGCUGGGUGCGCUUAACCAGACCCCGAACCGUGACAGCCCAGUGUUCCAAGGAGUACAGAAUGGUGAUGGAGAUGCGUCGGAAGAUUUGUCUACAACCACACCGACGACUACAGAUCAACCACGAGCUCCGCCUGAUGUCAACACAAUCUUGAGGCUGCUUGGACCGUGGCUGUUUGACGCCUGUUUGACCCGCAAACCGCGCUUUGCUGCAGGUCGUAGCGAAGCUCUUCGGUGUCUUGGAAAGCUCUUGUGUCAUUACUCUAACGGCCGCUCCAAACGUGUCAACUGGGCGUACAGUGUGCGCAGUUUGAUGGCUUUACAGAACGCAUUACUCGACGACGACGACCGUAUCGCAGCUUCUGCAGUGUACAACUGGUCUAAUGUGUUCACUUUGUACGGGAACCACACCCUUCGUGGCGCAGGCGUUGUUGCGGGGCCAUUCCACAAGGCUGUCGAGCGUGUGUUCCGUGCUGCGGAGCGUAAGGAUUCGUCUUCAAGUACGAAGGCCGAUGGGCGACGUGGGGGAGAUCCCUUUUUCGUUCAGGAUGAUCAGCAUAUUGGUGGGAUCCCAAUUGUACUGCUACGACGUGCAAGUAUCGAGGCCUGCAGCUCGCUUCUGACUAUCCAUGCUCACGUCCCGCGUAAUCUGAUCAAGGAGGCCGAGAAGGAGAUCGUGGCGCCUUCGAUGGCAGACAUUCCAGGACUGUAUUCGACUUUGCCCAAGUACACCAGCUCGAACGUCGUUGCCUUGCUCAUGACAGCUAUCAAGACGGAGACCGACCCCACCAACCAGCAGAUGAUGAUGUGGAUCAUGACUGUGGCCAUCCAGCAGGAGGCUGCUUUCUGGACGAGCGGCUUGGCUUCUAGUCGUAACUCGCAGGUACCUUUCACGAUUUUGCUGAUUUGCUCCAUAAUCAGCAAGUCGCAGAAGUACAAGCCACCGGUGCUGUUCACUGCGUUCGAAUGUUUGCGCCACUUGUCGCUGGUGUGUGAAGAAGUGUUCUUUCACCACGCAAACUCCGUUGUUCACUUGGUGAACGCCUGCUGCGAUUUUAUCAGCAACAGCGCGCCUAUUCUGCGGUCAAGAACGGCACCGUUUUAUCUGGAUAGCCUCAUGGCUGCAGCGUACCACUGCAUCAUCGAGUGGAUCGUCGCCGCGCCUCUUUUGCUGAGCAAACAACAAGUCAUUGCCAAGAUCAUCACAACCAUCGUGGACGGCAACGAACGGUUCCAGUCGUUGUCUCCUAAUACCACGAACAUGGCCGUCCGCGAGGCUGCUCGGAAGUUGGUGAACAUGCUGAUGAAGCAUCAUGUGUCGCACACCACCAAUGCAGGGUCUAUCGGCACUCACUCGUCGGGUUUAACGGAGAAGUCGGUACUUACACAGUUUUGCGAGCUCAAUGACUCGACUGACAUCUAUCGCCAUUGCCGGUUCUUCUCAGUCAACAAGAAUUCCAUUCUCACGGUUAUCGAGAAACCAGCGAAUGCUACACAAGCCGGUGAAGCGAUCUUGAUCAUGCGAGACUCAACCGGCCGUUAUGUCUGGCGCUCUAAGCCUCGACACCGGGAUGGGCCUCGCCCCAAGAGCAUUGCUGACUUUGAGAACUUCUGUGAAGAUUCUCGACGGGACAGUGACUUUGAUUCCGAUGCUAACACUCAUGACGACAGCGAUGACGAAGAUUAUCAAAGUGACGAGGAGGCACGGGUGGAAGACCCUUUGCUUACGGCGAUCCGCGACACUCAUGCCAAGACUCCAAUGACAAGCUGGCGUUCGUCACCGUCUGGUGAGGUUGACACGGACUCGGACCCCACGAAGGUGUUAACUGGCGAGGGUAACUCUGGAAUGAGCACCAUAGAGCGUAAAGCACAGGCCGGUCGUGAUGAUGGUCGUGGUACUCAGGACGCCGUUUUCAUGAGUCUGCUCGUGGCACAAAGCCAAGAGGAUAAGCUUGCGUCUCAGCCAAAGGGGUCUGCACGUGGUGUCAAGUGCUAUAAGCCGACGCCACCGGAGAAGGACGCUGCACUGCAAACGUGGGAAGUUUCUCGAAGAAUGAUGAGUGAACUGAGUUUCCUGUCGGUGCGCAACUGGGGCUCAGUCUUUGCGAUGGAUGCAACUGUGACUACCGAUUUCCUCCGUGACCUGGAGACUCUGGACAAGCUUCCUGAGCGCGAGACUUUUGAUUUUUCUGUUGCGUAUGCAUUCACUGGCACGUCUCGAGGCGGUUACGAUCAGAUUCACUUGGCGACGUCGACGGAUGUGCGUGCUGGCUACGUCGAGCUUUCAAAAGACUAUCGACUGUUCCUCUCUUCGAUUGGUGAACAAGUCGAAGAGCACGAUCACACUGGACACUCUGGCUUCGAUGCUGAACUCGUGAAGGGCCGGAUGCUUUACUAUUCCCACUAUAGUCACGAGGCUUGCAUCUACGUACCAACACUGCUGUUGGACGGAGAGGAGGACAGUGACAGCGACAGUGACAGUGAUGCUGAAGACACGGAAGGGGCGAAUGCAAGAGCGCAAUUCCAGCACGCCAAUGUACUUAUUGUUUGGAACGAAUGCCAGCAGACGUACCGUCCAGGCAGCGUCUUGUGGGAUGCAGUAUUUAAGCUGCCGAUGCCGACGUCGGGUGUGGUACUAAUCAUUGACCCACUGGGCAACGACCUCUACUGCGUGCACGUGAGUCACGAGUCAUCCCCGCUAUUCAACCAACGUGACGUUAUUGCAAACCAAGAGGAUUAUGUGGACGAAGCCGACGUGUACACUAGCCGUGUGUUGGGCCCAUUGCUAGACGGUAUGGUCAUCAACGGUGCUUGGCUGGCUCCUUUAGUGCGUCAAACAGCCAUCAACGCUGCCAUUCUUUCGCGGUCGUUCCUGCGAUACCAACACGACAUUGGCGCAGUGUCGUCUUCACCUGUGGGUGCAGAGGCCAACCGCAGCAAGGUGAUCUCAUCGUUUGUUGAGAAACACUUGCGUCCGAAGCUUCCUGGCGAGUUCUAUGGUGACUUGUUCGCAGAUCUUACCAGCGAGAGCUAAAACCACGCUCUCCUAAGAGGUGAUGUCAAUGUGUCAGGAGUCCUGUUUUACUCGUUUGAUUUUGGAUUUGUUUGGCAGCUUUUCUUGUUUU